CAUGGAUAUGUUGAUGGCCCUACUACAUAUUUUAACUUCGAAGUUAAAAAGCAAAAUGGUAAAGUAAGGCAAAAACUUAGGGCUUAAUUGCGACGGUGGUGUGUUCGAUUUGGGGGCUCUCCGGCGACCAGAUAAAUAUCAGUUGACAUCUACGUGUGGGUGUUUGAAGAGUGAUAAUUGGACUUGAGCUCUUUUCCAGUGAUGAAGAUACUGAAUGCCAACAGUCGUGUACUCACCAACUUUGAAGUGCUUGAUUUUCUUCGAUCUAGAGGAGCUGUAAAGGACACACAGGCUAUUGCUUCCAUAGCACCAUCUGAGUUAAAGGUUUAUAAUUAUUUGGAGAAUAGUGCUGCUUGCAGUCAAACAAGAGAGAGCAUCAAGGAGUUCUUGGAAAAGCGCAAAAAGUACGGCCUCAAAAUGGUUGAGACUAUAAGUAUCAUCAACUCUAGGCCAUCUUCGGUCGUCGAAAUUGACCCGAUGAUAGAAUUUUGUGAAAAACGUUUGGGAGAAGGUGUUGAAGAAUUGGUAGAGAUGGUAGUACAGGUUUUGCCCUCUCCCCCCACCCAAAUGGAGUCGGACGAAGGAAAUGGUGAUUACAACGAUAAAGUUCCAGAUGAGCAACAACCAGAGGCAAGUUAGUGCCAAAUUCUUGUUUUGGAAAAGAAAGUUCAUAGAAAACAACAAAAACAAAUAGUUUAUAUAAAGUUUCUACUAAAAUCGAUUGAUAAAGUGGUGCUUUAGUAGUAUUGGUGCCUUUGCGACGACUGAGGAAUCUAAAAGUUCAUUUCUCUGGAUAUGGGAUUUCAUUUUUUUUUUUUUUUGCCUAGUUGGUAUUCACACACACUGAAAUUUGAACCCCUGACCUUCAUUUGAAAAGUAGGGGCCUUAUACCGCUAGGCUAGGCCACAGACCUGUUGGUGAUCUGGGAUUUCAUUUAGUAGAGUUUGCUUUAUUUGCAUGUAACUUCAAUACUUCUUUAUAUGGGUAAUAAAACAUGUAUAGAGAAUUCUUGUA